AAUUUUUAGGGCAGAUUUGGCUAUCGACUGACAUUGUGUCGAUUGUUUCAUCGUUUAUAUUUGCAUCGUCGUCCAAUCAACCUUUACUUUUUACAAGUAAAUAAAAAAAAAAGUUCUCAAAAGAUGGCACAUGACGGAUUCGGAAUGCAUCGAAAUAGUUCUGAACUGUUUCGUAAUCAAAGAUUUCUUUUUACUUCGGAGUCGGUAAGCGAAGGUCAUCCGGAUAAAAUGUGCGAUAUGAUAUCGGAUGCUGUUUUGGAUGCCCAUCUUGCGCAGGAUCCGAAUGCAAAAGUUGCAUGCGAUCAAACUCCUACCGACUACAUACAUUAAGUUAAUUUCCUCAAUACAGCUAAAACUAAUGUCCGUUUAAAGUAGUUACUUUCUUACAGAAACGGUAGCCAAAACGGACAUGUUGAUGCUGUGUGGGGAAAUUACAUCUAGUGCAAAUGUUGAUUACUAUCAAAUCGUUAGGGAUACGGUGCAACAGAUAGGAUUCGACGAUUCCUCCAAGGGUUUUGAUUAUAAAACAUGUAAUGUGAUAAUUGCAUUAGAACAGCAAGCACCUGAAAUAGCAGCUGGAGUGCAUUUGAAUCGGAAAAUGGAAGACAUUGGUGCCGGUGAUCAGGGAUUGAUGUUCGGUUAUGCAACGGAUGAAACAGAAGAACGCAUGCCAUUAUCUUUGCUACUAGCCCAUAAACUGCUUGCACGACUCCAUGAGUUGCGAAGAAAUGGUACUCUUGAAUGGGCUUUGCCUGACUCAAAGUCACAGGUAACAGUAGAAUACAAAUUUGAAUAUGGCGCAUGUAUACCGGUUCGAGUUCAUACAAUUGUCAUAUCAGCACAGCACAAGGCUACAACUUCGUUGGAAAAAAUUCGAACUGAUCUAAUGAAGAAUGUAAUAAGUGAAAUAGUUCCACAGCAUUUCAUGGAUGCGGCUACGAAGUUUUAUUUGAAUCCAUGCGGCAACUUUACGGUCGGUGGUCCACAAAGUGAUGCUGGCCUAACUGGUCGUAAAAUAAUUGUCGAUACAUAUGGUGGUUGGGGUGCUCAUGGUGGUGGUGCAUUUUCUGGUAAAGAUCCGACCAAGGUAGAUCGUUCGGCAGCCUAUGGCGCCCGAUGGGUUGCCAAAUCGCUUGUGGAUGCUGGUAUUUGUAAACGAUGCUUGAUUCAGGUAUCGUAUGCCAUUGGUAUCGCAGAGCCACUCUCAAUAACAGUUGUUGACUAUGGAACGAGUAAUUUAACAGAAGAUGAAUUGUUAACAAUUGUGAACGACAAUUUUGAUCUUCGGCCGGGCAUCAUCAUUCGUGAGCUGGGCUUAUUAAAGCCGAUCUAUAAGGAAACAGCACGUAAUGGACACUUUGGAAAAUCGAUGUUUGCUUGGGAAAAAUCGAAGAAGCUGAAGAUACGACCGGAAUUCAUGAAUAAAAUAAAAAGUUCAGAAUUAUCGAAUGGAGAUAUGACUCGUAUUGGCUUUAACGUUGCUUAAUAUUACCUUUUCUACAUAUCAAAUAAUUCAGAAGCUUUGUCUCAUCACCUUCUCUUUUUCAGGAAUUUUUUGUUUUCUCUACUUGAAUGAGUACAAAACACAAUGUAAUAUUGCGUCUUCUUCCUUUUAUUUCUCUAAUGUCUAAAUUAAGCCUCACAAUGCCACUUAGAACGCUUCCUCAACAAAUUACAUGAAAGUUAUGUACGGCAUGUUUUAAGACACUAUUUUGAAACUAUUUGGUUAAUGAAUUGAAUCUGACUCUUACUGUGACUCGACAGGAGGUUCUCCUUAACAGAUAUGCUUUCGAAUUUCUGACAAAUUUAGUCCCUUUUGUUACCGAGAACAAAAAUGUAUAUAUCCGUUGCCUGUUUCCAUUAAUUCAUUUAAAACUAACAUAUUAACAUAUUAACUUAAGCGUCAGCAUUCCUGAAAACCCAAAACAUUUUUACCGUAAAAUAUUGAGGAAGUUUUGGUACUCGAGUCAUAGCACCAGAAAAACCGUUAAUAUGAAGAAAUUAGCUUCGUUCAUAACUCACACUUUAAUUUUGUGCAAAAAUCAGAAAGUUACCAUCUAUUGUUAUUGGCGUCAAUGUCAGUAUGUGGUGUUGUUUGUUAUCAAACAUAGUCAUGAAGUGCUGAAGUUCAACAGUACUGCCCUGUUAAACUUUGAUAAAUCUUUUCUUUUAUUGGUGCAGAAAUAAAUAUUUCUAAUUCAUCAAACUGCUA